AUGGUGAUCUACACGCCCGAAAGCUUGGAAAUCGGUGUGACGGCACGAGUCUAUGGGAACUCAUGGCUUUCCUACAGCAGUCUCGUUGCCGAAAUGUUCAAUGUCGAGGUGAAAUGUCUUCCAAAAGCUAUCGAAAGCUGUUUACGCGAGCUUUACAUCAAACAUCAAAAGCUCAUUUUACAACAUUAUGGCAAGGAUUUGAUUGCUCGUUUUGUGAAAAGUAAAGAUAAGGAUUUCAUCGCAAACACCUUGCAGAAACUUCGGGAUGACAAAGGGACAGAGAUUUUUGACGGUUUUUCCGAAUUCGACGAGGUGGUCCGUCGAAUCGGACACCUAAAAACAUUCAAUCGCGAUCUAGGAUGUUUCAACCUCUUUCGUCGUUACUUCAACGAUCAAAUACUAGUCUUUGUGUACCCGGGAGUCGAGGACGAGUUCCGAAUGGCGUUGAAAGACUGGAUAACGAGUGGCUGCGUGAAUUUGAAAACUUGGCAACAAAUUGAACGAUGGCAUGCAAAUGGAUGUCAGCUCGAAAACUUUCUCAAAACACCGUGGAUCGACUUUGCGCAGAGUGACGACAUUCUUAUUAACAAAGUAGUGUCAUUGGCCGCAAAAAUCGAAACCAGUGACUUUUUGGAGCCAGCCCUUUUCUCGAAAAUGCUUGUUUACCUCUUGCGAAAGCCUUUGCCUUUGCAACGAAAUGGUACCAAGCUAAUUCUGAAAGGAGGAAUGCUUUUCUUUGAAGAAUUUUCCGAACAGUUUCAAAAGGGAAUCAACGGCGGAGUUCGACAAAUCGAAAUCUAUGCCGAUAUUUGUCUCUCGCUUGAAAAAAGUGUUGUUUUUCCAGGGAUCAAUUUGGUGAUUUGUGCUAGCAAAAUGCGUGUAUGGAAAAAGUGUUGCAUCGAUCUCUCGGGAAAAUCGUUUCCACAAAAGCCUACAAAACCGAAAGCCUCUAACGCGACGAGUUCUCAAGAGAACGGCAAAGAUGGAAAAGACGGUCGUCCCGGAGAAUCAAGCGGAAAUUUGACGAUCUUAGCAAGAGCAAUUAUUGGGGACGAGUUGCUUUCUGUGAAAUUGAAUGGUGGCCGUGGCGAGGAUGGCGAGAGUGGAGGAGACGGCUAUCAAGGAAAAAAUGGCCAUGGAAUUGAGUGGGAAGAGAUGCGCAAGCUCAAAUUUUAUAAGAGCCUCUACUUGCAGCCGUGGUCUAUUUUCGAAAAUUUUGCCCCAGUCGAUUGGAAACAAACAAAGCACGUCUACGACAGCAACAAAGAAUACGUUUACAAGACGUUUACCGACGCGAAAAGCAGAACGCUCACCUUCAACUAUGCGGCCAUCAAAUUUUAUUUGUGCUCCUUGACGCAAUACCAUUUGUUUAUUAGAAUCGGUGGCUCUUCGGGAGAGCGAGGGACUAGAGGUGGAGCGAAUGGAGUCGGUGGUGAGGGCGGCUACAAGGGAGAGUGUUUGUGCAUCAAUCCGGAGACUAAUCAACAUUUUGAUCUGAAGACGAUCCGUUUAAUGGGCAAAAACGGACAAGACGGAGAUGUUGGCAAAGCUGGAACAAAUGGUAAACAAGGCAACGACCUAGCCAUUAUCGAUAGAAGUCGGAUCAUCAACGGCUAUCACGAAAUUGGUGACUACUCGUGCAGCCUAAAAAUGGAAGAGUACAAUUGUUGUGACGGUGAAAAACGACGCUUUUUUGGGUAUAAAAGACAUAAAUUGCAAGAAGAUUAUCCGUUCAUUGAAUUUGUUGUAGGAAACACAAUAGUCGCACCUGUCAUCGAAGAAACGUUAAGUCGUACGCAAAAAAGUCAAUUUUCAAAAGCAGUUGCACAGAACGCGAUUCUCACCGAGGACAUUGUACAAAAAGCUCGCGAGCAUUUUGACGGAGAGGCCACUUUUGUGGAAACCGGCGCAAAUGCUUUUGAUCAAAGGGAUGACGAGCAAGGGAAAAACAAAGAAGAAGAACAAAUGCUUACGCUUCGACAACCGAAUGAGACAACCGUUUCCGAGUAUAUCGUAAAAGGUUCAAAACAGCGCAAAGCACCGAUAAACUCUCAAUCACUUGUGAAAACUAUCAAAGCCGCGGGCAAGAAAGUCACAGUUAAAGCUAGCGCUGAAAACCUUUUUAACCUAUUCGAUGUGGAAAUUGAGUGGAAACUUUUAAAAACGAUUCGUUUCCCGAGUGUCUUUCAGCAAGAUUGCUUCCUUCGCUGUGCCAAGCUAGAUAAGAGAGGGAAAGUCAAAAGUCCGACUUUAUUUUGGUUGAUUGCCAUUGGUCAAAGCAAACUUCAAAACGGGAAAACUUGCCCGGAGAUUCGCGAAUUUGCAGAAACGGUUUCUUCGCGGCGCAAACUAAAGUUUCAAGUCGCACAAAGUCAGCACAGUACCGCAAAUACUGUUGAAUUGUUGAUGGAAAAUUUCAAGGUCGAGUGUCAAGAUCAACUCAUUGGAUGUGUCGAUGGACCCUACUUGGAUGGCGUUGAAAAGGGCAAAGUUAUCGAAGUCGACGAUGAUGAGUUGCGCGAGUUAGUUAGAAGACCCUCGCACAACGCCCAAAUCUAUCACACAGAACCUGCAGAGCUCUAUGCUCUACAAAAUUUUUACUUGAAAUUUUCGCAAAGUUUCUCAAAGAUCAAAGGGAUUUGUGAUCGAAGGCUCAAAAAUGACAGCAUUACAUGGUGUAACGAAGGAAAAAGCUACUUGACUCCGUUCCUUCCCGAAGACAACGAGAAACAUGAGAACAAAGAAAAGAGCCCGCAAAAGCAAACUUCCAUCCAUGAUCAACCACAAUCAACGGACGACAAUGAAAGUUCGGAAAUGGUCAACGAAACCACACCGAAAGUUUCAAAAAAACAAAUUGAAAGACUACAGCAAAUUGUGCAGUUGCUUCGUGAUGAGAAUUUGGAUCUCCUAUUUGAAAUUGUCAGCCCGUUAAAAGAGUGUUUUGAAAAGAACAAGAAGUGCUUGAGGCGCUAUGGCACGUUCCCCGAGAUUUUGUCCGAAAAAGGAAGAGCGCGGAAAAUUUACGAUGCCGGGAAAGAAAAAGUUUCAGGGAUGUUUUCGAGUCAAGAUGAAAAGCAGAAAAAACUCGAGGAGAUGAAAGAAAAUGAGAAAAGAAAAAUUGAACUCACCGCUUUCCUCGUGAAGACCUAUUUCAUAGCGCUUGAGGUGCUCACCUUCUACCGUCGUCUCUAUAACUGCACCUUGUUAACACGAAUCGACACUGGGAGCCUCCCAAAAAAGAUCCAGUUCGUAAACGAUUCAGACGAUCCUUCCUUUGCACAAUUCGUUCUUCAAUUCAAAACGAAAAAUUUCUCACUCGACAACAAAGACUGCGAGAAGGCAAUGCGCUCUAGGCGACUAUCCUCAUUGGCAGUCCUUUAUUUGAAAGCACUGAAGGACAACAUGGAAAUCACCGUUUAUGAACCGUGCGAUUAUAAGCGUUUACAAAAAAUUUUUGACUUUAAACCAUCAGGACCCAUAGAGGAAAUGCUGAAAGUUUUACGAGAAGGUCCAUCAAUCUAUUCGGUCGAGGUUGAUCUACCAUACAAACAGUUCAUCGCAGCACAAAAAAGAAUGGUUGACCUUUGCAGUAAAGCUAUGACAAUUUUUAAGCCACUGGACUCACUACCGUUGAUUACUAAAUAUUUCGAGCAUGAACUAGAGUUCAGAGUGGACGAAUGGAUUGCUUGCUUUUUGGGAAUUACAAAAAAUCAGGGGCUUUUGAAUUUUCUAAAAAUCCGCUUCUUUGUCGACAAUUGUCAUUUGACAUUAUUGCAGCUGCAGUUCGUUUUGUCAACUUUUGCUUAUCUUCAAACAAAAUAUCGAGCCGAUCCAUUGUUCCUUUUGAGUGCGUUGAAUACCGUGCCUCAAGCGAAAUUCGUGGACGCUUUGCUGUAUGUUCGACUGUGCUACAAUUUUGGGAAACGGUUUGACAGCAAGAUUUUCAAUCCUCUGAAGGAUAUUGCAAAUCCGAAACACAAAAUUUUGCUUGCGGUAAAGCUCGAGGAAUACAAAGAAAAGCUCUCAACGGAGGUGCUUUACAAAACCCUUCUCAUGCUACAGCACUCAGCCACCGAAACUGAAAAUCUCGAAAAUUUGAGUUUUGACAUGUGGAUCGAUAUUGCAAAAAAGCAAACCUGGUCUGAGAUCAACUCAAUGACGAAAGAGUUUGGCCCAGCUGGCCACUAUCUAGGCGUGCUCGAGUCUAAUGGGUUCCAGCAAGAGCGAAAGGUUCUCGGAGAGAUGCUCAAGAAAGUGCGAUACAUGCCCGAACGAAUCAUUGGCCUCUGGGUGAAUUGGAUUUGCAGCGGAGAAUUUUCGAACAAUGUGAUCAUGCUUAAAAAGGUCAGAACGUGGUUAAUGGGUGGCAAAAAUUGGGUGGACGACAAAGAAAAUGAUCUGGAUAGAAUAUGGGUCGAAUUGCGAAACCACCAUGCAGUUUUGCUCACCAACGAGCAAAAACAAAAUCGUUUCCUUGCAUAUUUGGGAAGUUCACCUUAUGAACAAACCGUAUACCCAUCAUCGGAUGAAUCGGACUCAGAAGACAGUAAUGCCGACGAGAAAUACGAUCUACCACAGUCCAAAUUGGCCACAUAUUCGAAUGAUACUCCGGUUAGCGCGGAGUCCGAUUAUUCGGAUGAGUCAAAACCAAGAACAAUUUCCGAAUUGAAGAAGUUGGUUGUUGGCAUAAACGGAGAUCCAGAAGAAGAUCGUCAAGUCAGCAAAGAAGUCAACAAAUUUUGUGACAAAUUGGAAGCAAUUCAGAAUGGCGCUCAACCAUCGGCAUUCAUGCCAAGAAAUGCCCGCAUCGAGGAGCAGGCUUUUGGACGAGCGGCUCGGUGUGGAGAGCCUGGCUCGGCACAAAUCAUUGCCGUACUUCGAGAAAAUGACGGUGCAAAGCCGUCAUUUUUCCAAUUCAAAAUGUAUCGCGACAAUUUGGAAGUCCAACGUUUGGCCGAGUUGAAAGUUUUCUACGACUAUCACACAGAAAUUGAGGAGUCAUGCCUUGAAAAGUUCCGACAACACUGUAGCGAUGUUCUUACCGAAGUCUACUCUUCAAAAACCACAGAAAACAAAAUUCCAAGCCAACGAGAAAUUGUUUAUUUUGCUUUACUCGACAAAUGGGCACUGUGGCUAGAUGAGAAAAGCGGCGAAAUUGAGCAGUGCUCAAAAAACAACAAUCAAGAUGUGAGAGAGCAACAGAAAAAAUCGAUCAUCGAUUCAGUGGAGAAAUUUUUAAAGGAGCAUUCAAUGGAUUUGGAAUUAGCAGAAGAUAAGUGGCUCGAUUUCCCCCAAUCGCAACUUUCUCUUGCGCUACUCCUUCUCCGCGAUGGCAAAAUUAAAGAGGCAAAUAAAAUUUACGACAAAAUCAUACGAACCGAUGCCUAUUUUGCUGCCGAAGCUUAUUAUUAUAAAGCUUGCUUGAUGAUGCCGAUGAAAGGAAUGGAGGGGCAACAAGAAACGUGUCUCCAAACAGCCGAAAAAUUUUUCCAUUACGCUCGAGCCCUCUUCGAUUCGCGGUUGGCGGUCACCGAGAGAGAAAGCGCUUUGGCUUUACAAAACAUGCACGAACCAAGGAGCUCGUUGAUUCAGUCGAAAGGCUUCGAAAAGCAACACAAGGCUGUCACCAAAAAUUUGCGAAUGGUUAUAGAAAACAUUGAUUGGAUAAUCGGCAAGCCGUGCCAUAAAGACAUGUUCUUCACAGACAAUAUUUCCAAAGUCAACAGCGUUGAGAUCUACGAGCAACUGGAGGAAGAGGGAAUCAUCUCUCCAUGUUAUUUUCAGAACCACCAACCCGAAGACUGGAUGAUCCAAAACGUGCACGAAGCUUUUGGACUGUCGAAAAGAAGUGUGCUUGAUUCUGUCAAAAAGGCCAAGGAAAACAGCCUAAUCUACUACCGAGAUCCGGAAAUUGCGCACCUUAACCGGGAAAUGUCAAAAAUUGACGAAUCCAACGCUUUUUCUCUUGCUUUGACAAGCAAACUUGAAGAGAACGUUUUAUUAUCCAAUCGAAAGUCAUUCUAUCAAGAGUUGCAAGAAAACGGAGUGCUCAAAAAUAUCCGACAUCUCAAGUACGUUGAUCCGAAAUACGAGACAGUGAUCUUAAAUGAAAUCGAGGAGAAAAAGAUUGACAGCAUUCUUUUACCAGAACAGGGUCACUAUCUUUUGCUUAACAACAGCUUUAAGGAAAAUCGUCUCUAUUAUCGAAAUGAAGACCUAAAAACGGUGUCUCUACAACGGAAAAUGCUUGAUGAAUUCAUUGGAGAAUUAGAUUUACAACAGGUUUACAACUUACCAUAUUUUUCUGCAUUUGAUGGUGUCUCCGUUCACGAACUCGCUGAGUAUUUUCAAAUAAGCAAAGAGUCCUCUGUGUGGAUUCUGAAAAAUCUGGAAGAACACGGAAUCUUGGAAUAUCAAAAUGAGACAAGGGUACAUUUCACAAAAGAUGACACAGUAUGGGCGGAAACCAUGAAGCCAUUUUUGCCGAUUUCAGAAGAAAGCGAUAUUGAGCUACCGGUUUAUGAUAACGAGGAGUUGCUUGGAUGGAGAAACGAUGGAGAAACGCCCCAUUUGAUGCGUCGAGUAGCAAAAUCAUUGCAAAAACUACGCGGGAAUCGAGAAUUUCGAAAUGUGACACUGCAUUUGUUGAGUCAUUCCACUGGAAUCAAGAACCCUGAUGAAUUGAGCGAGCUUUGCCAGUUUUUGCUUAAAGAAAAACUGCUGGUGGAGUACGUGUAUCCGUGUUUCCGACUCAACAAUCGCCUCGACGGUUCCUCUCUUCCGCCAGCAAUCGCAGACAAUGUUGUUCGAUAUCUUUUUAACAAGUUCGCCUACUCGUUCGCUUUGGAAAGACUUGCUGUCGACAUUGACAAUACUAUCUCAACAGGGGCCAAAUUUUACUACCAUUCUAUCUUUCUACCCGAAAAUCCGCACAAAGAGUUCUUUGAGAAGCUAAAGAGCCAGGGGAUCAUCAGUCCACCGAGAAUCGUUGCAAAAGAAUACACCAACCAUCAGAUGGAUGAUAACAAAGAGGUGGCAGCGAUUCUAAAAGAGUACGCUUCAAAGUUGCUGAAUCACACCGAAAAACACCUCGCUUUAAAGCCUUUAGAAAACUACAUUCGUAGUCGCAACGAUACGCCGAAUUCCGAAAUCAAACAAACGACCGAAAAGGGAAUGAAAUUGAUAGUCGGAGUGUCUGAUGAAUCGAGGUCCUGGUAUUUUACCACUAUUCUCAUUGGAACCACCGUUUCCGGUUGGCGAAGGGCGACAAAUGCUGUAAAAACCGGCGCAAGUUAUGCAUAUGAACUCGGUGCAACGGCUGCCAAUUUUGUCGGCGAUUACAUUGUGGACCCAAUUGCCAACAAUAUCAACGAGACGGCAAGAAACGUUAAAAAAGUCUAUGCAGGCGUCAAGGAAAAAGCUGCGGAAAUCACCGAGUUGCUGGUUAAAAGCAAAUCGUUCGCGAUGGUGAGUAAUGCGGCGAAAACGGCGUAUGACUCUGUUGCUUCGGUUGCUGGAACUGUCUUGUUUACAGUUGGCGAAAUGUCCGGAAUCAAUAAAGAAAUUCGACAAAUAGCCGAUACAGCAAAAGUGAUCGGAAAUAAAGCUGCACAAGCGGCCGUAGCGAUAAGUGGCGUGGCCCAAAAACUUUACCAGGACGCCAAAAUGUUGGCGGUGCAGCUCGGUGGAAAGGCUUUUGAUAUGCUAGCUGGCGCGGCUAAUGCGGUCAUUAACUUUGCCAAGAAUAUCUACAAAAAGAUGUCGAUCUUCGUUACAGCAGCUAUGGAAAGCUAUGAAUAUUACAAUCAGUGCCGUUUUUACGCCAAAAAGCUAGCCGCAGACAAGGUUGACGAGUACACAAUUCUUCAAACCUUUGUGAAUGCAAGAAGCACAGCCGUUCAAGACGAUCACAACGAUGAUGCGUUUCAAAGGAGACUCCAACAGCAUCUGAUCAUGACAUAUCAAAAAUCCUUUAUCCAAUUCACUAAAGAGAUUCACGAGUUUAUUGAAGCCGAGAUGAAACGUUUCGCCUUUCCUUCAAACCUCGCAAACUUCAAAUCUUCAAACCACGCAAUUGUAUCAUUUGUGAAAGUCGCGCCGAGUGUGAUGAGUUUUCGUCGGGAAACCGAAGAGAAAUUCAUGAUUGAGGCCAGCAAAACGGUUAACGCUUUUGCUUAUUUGAUGGCCGAAUUCGCUACGAACAACGCCCCGUUCAGUGAAAUGAUGAUGCCCGAGUUGCACACGAAUUUCUCUUUUGGUCGACUUGAAGGAAUCGUCCGUAAAACCAUCAUCGACUUUGCUAGUUAUCUACAAGUGAAAGCUGAUAAUAAUGCAACCAUGAACACGGCAAUUUGCAAGAAUUUCGGAGACGAGUUGGUGAAGUUGGUCGCCGUUUCGUGUCAAGCCAUUUACAUAACAAAAACAAGCAACGACUUAACGAGUUUCAUGCUAGAGCUGCGAAAGCCAGGCGAUAACACGAAUUUGAGAGAAUUUGAGAGGCAGGACAACGAAAUGAAGGCAUCUCUGGCUGGCUUCUACACCGAAAUUCAACAAAAGAAGCAAAAUCAGAUGCUAUUGCAUGAGCUCGUCACUGCUCUGCACCUCUCGAAGGACGAAAAGAAAAUGCUGCAGUUGGCCAUCAAAUUUGGGUAUCCCAUUCCGAAUCAUGCUAUGCGUUGUCUCGUCGACAAUGUGAACACAAUUCUGGAUAAAGACGAUCCCAUUACAAUUAAGAAACGGUGGCCGGUCAACACUAUGGAACGAGGGAGAACGUUGUUGAGAUCGAUCAAAUCGAUGGCUGUUUCUUUG